CAGAGUGAUAGCAUGGAUGAAGCGCAGUUUGAAAAAAAGGAAGACAAAGAGAAACUUCUCUCUCUCUCUCCCAAAGCAGCAAAGGUUAAUUUUUCAGCACCGACUCUGAAUGAGGAAAUAAGCGCCGACCUUCAUCCGAAAGUUCUGUCACGAGAUGAAUACUUCAAGGAGUAUCAAAAUUUCACUGGAGCAGCCCUGUCAGCCGCCACGAUUCUACUCAGUGACAUCUUGAACGAUGGAGAGGUUCCUCUGGUAAGAGAGGACAUCCUCCAAAAUCUUUCGUGCAUAACAAAACUACUCUCAGACUUGUAUGCACAAUUAACUAUGGCGAGGAAAACAUUUAUAAUAGGACGUUAUGAAGAUAGAAUUCAAAAAGCCCUAAAAAAAGUCGAACCAACAGAACUACUUUUCGGCGAUAACCUUAAAGGUUUAAUUGACACCGCAAAAGCAAUAACGAAGGUUUCGAAAGAACUCAAGUCUAAACCACAAUUUUCUUCAAGAUCCAGCGGAAGUGCUUUAAACUGGAGGAGCUCCACCAUCAAGAAGGAAGUGGGAAGGGGGAGCUACCAGUCCAAUCAACCUCGAGCAUUCACUUCCAGACAACCGAACCAACCCUUCAAACAGAGACAACCCUCGAAAAAAUUCUACUCACAAACCCAACCACAGAGGAACAAGAACUAAGUCGGGUAAGUGCUAAAGCAACAAGGUUAAAAUAUUUUUUACAAAACUGGGCAGAAAUUACCCAAGACAAUUUUGUGCUAAAAGCCAUUCAAGGUUACAAAUUACCACAUGGUGAAAUUUUUCACGACUUCUGAGACAUGCUAUUUCACUGAAAA